CCUGUCCUAUCCAAUCUUGCUGUUGCUGCCCGUCAUCGCAAGCACCUGCUUAGAUAUUGCAUCGCCUCUUUUUCAUCUCUCUACAAAAAUUCAACCUGUUUCUCUUCCAAAGCUUCCGGAUUGUCUGCCGCAUAAUCUGCUACAGUGCAUUCUUGACUGGGGAGCUGUCUGGACACACCGCGAAAUUAUAGCUUGUCGUUCCACCAGCCACCGCAGCCCCGUCCUAGCAACGACACCGUCAAUCCAAGCCAAGCAAGUUCAACCACCGCUCGAUUUAUCUCAACACGACAAGGGGUCGGGAAAAUCCUCGUUUCUCUUUUUUCCCUGUUUCCACUUUACAUCUUCACAUACGAAAACUCGACGAAUUAUUUCACGAUACCGCUUCCCUUUGUCCCGUCGUCGCCUUCGCUGCGUUACUCGGUCGAUUCUAAACAACCGUCCUCUCCCCAAUUGUGGUUGCUAGUGGACGUGUACCCCCUUUGAUCGAGGAGUUACGCAUCCGCAAUCACAAUGGGGUCUACCGAAUUUGGAAACUUUCAUGACUUUUGCAGAGAUUCUACUCUCCCAGUUUGCAAUCUUCUGUCUCCCAAAAACGACCAGAAUGGUGACUGGGGAGGAUGUGAGCUCAAGGGUAUCUCUCUGAGCGGGGGACGACAUCUCGGAAACCUGGGUUCUAUUCUACUUGCCGGCAUUGCCAUUGCCACCGCCGGCUUUCUCCUGCUACGAUCAGAGAAGAAGCGAGCAGCUGUUGGCCGAAGGGAGAUGCAAUUAUUCCUCCUUGGCUACAUCAUCAUCAGCAUAUGCGAGAUCUUUUCCGUCGGAGAGUUUCCUCUCAACAGCACUGUUAGAGUUGCCUUCUCCGCUAUCCACAUCGGCAUGAUUAUUGCCACCUGUUGGAUUCUAAUGCUCAAUGCUGUAGUAGGUUACCAGAUCAUCGACGACGGUACUCCUCUCUCGAUCGCUCUUAUUGUUAUCUCAGCUGGCGUUUUACUCGUUGGAACUGGCUAUAUCGCCCUCGACACCGGCCUCUCAUGGACUGGUUAUUGGGACUCGAGCCACGACGGUCCUAAAAACCGAAACAUCGCCCUUUAUGUCCUUUAUCAGCUUGUUCCAUUGAUCUUCCUCGUCGCCUACUUUGUCCUCGAGGCUAUCCUGGUUGUCCGAAUUCUCGGCGAGACGCGCCCCAUGAUUUACCUUGCCGCCGCCGGGCUCCUUUUUGCUAUCGGACAAGUCUUCAACUACGCCGUCAGCAAGUACAUCUGUGACGGCACAAGCGGGAAGAUUGACGGCGCUCUUUUCCAAACGCUCUUCACUCUGCUUUCAGUCAUCAUGGUCUGGGUCUUCUGGUCCAGCAUCACGGAAGACGACUGGCCGAUGCCUGUCACCAACACCUACCCUUAAUGCAGCACUGAUUUCAACAUUGUUGCGGGUUUUGCUUUUGGGACGGCGUUUGGCGGCGUACUUAUUUUCGGUUUCGAUAUCCCUCCUUACACUCGACGACCCAGCUCACGGUCGAACGACGUACACACGUUAUGAACAUGAUUUUUUGCUUGAAGUUUCAAAAUGAGGACGGCACUCUUUUUUGAGUUGGUGGGUGGUUUGAACGUACUCAAUGCGAUUCAAUGGGGAUGCGAUAGAACGACGGAUGAUUGGGUACUUUGCAUCAAGGGCAGCCGGCACGCGAUUAUUGUUGGGCUUGCGAGAGGAGGAAUUACGUCCAGCUUUGCCAAUGGGAUUUAUUGGUGAAAAUUUUGCUGGGUUAUGUCUGUUUUUUUGCAUGCUACGGUGGGAAGAUUUAGUACCCUUUGGCUUGUAUAUAGUAGUGAUUAGUUUUCGAUCGUAGUUAUACCCUGAUGAGCGACUAAUGCAUAAGGAAAUCAAAUUUAGAUUCGGUUAAUCAAGUAACAAUUCUUACACAUAUUACUUAUAUCUCAAAAUGUGAUUAGCGAUCAAAUACUGUUAGUUAUCGGUGAAGAAAGAAACCUAACAAGGAAGAAGCCCAAUACAACACAUAUGAUAUAGGUCUAUCUAUCUGUAUGCUGUCGCUACCUUUCCUGGGACGACACACAGCGCACUCAUCAACAUAUACUGGUAUCAAGGUGAAUGCUUCUGCCGACUUACAACUUGCAAGCUUGUAUUUGCGCAUGCGCUAUUGGCUGGGCGAUCUACUCUAAAGAUCCUAAGAGUGGAUCUGCUAUGGCAAGGCUGUGCAACCAUCUCAGCCUUGUACACUUAAUUUCGUCACCACCAUCACACGACAGCCAUUGUUC